UCCGUCACUCUGCAGUCGCGCACCGAGCGCUAUACUACGAAUACGUCGGGUGGCGCCGCGCCAACCCGUCGCGUGAUAGUGUUGUGUCACAGCGGUGGGCCAGGUCGGUUUCGAGAUUUCUUCGUUCCGACGUAACCAUGGCUCUCAAUUCGGACGGUGAACAGAAAUCGAACCUGGUCCUCCGCGUGGAUCAGGAUUCUGACUCGGUUCUGCAAUCGUUGUUCGACACAGUGCUCAAGCCGGACUCGAAACGACCGCUACAGGUGCCUCUGCGUAUGCGACAGCUUCCAAAGUCGUUCUUUAACCCGCCGUCGACCGGUUCUAAGUCGCCAUCUGUGUCUCAUUCGCGAGAAAACUCGGCUGACUCCGCGUUCGGAUCGUCAUCCGCGACGGGCUCCGCGCCGGUGUCUCACUCUCGGGCGCACUCCUCACCUGCGAGUUUACAGCAGACGUAUGCCGCGGGACAGCAGACCCAGCAACCGCCCCUUCACCACCAACACAGUAAACAGAGAUCAUAUGAUGUGGGAACUCAUAUACCAGAUGAGCUCGGCCCACUUCCAGCUGGGUGGGAACAAGCACGGACACCAGAAGGACAGAUAUACUAUCUUAAUCAUAUAACAAAGACGACAACAUGGGAGGACCCGCGCAAGACUCUCGCAGCACAAACAGUGGCUGGCGGAGUGCAGCAUCAGAGCGCCGAGGCUUUACUCACACAAUCGGCAGCAGCACAGACCCUAGCAACUGCCACAGCAGCAGCGAAGAGUACAAGUAGCACCGCCACCACCGACCCUCUAGGACCGCUGCCGGACGGUUGGGAGCAAGCGACGACGCCGGAGGGAGAGAUAUAUUUUAUAAAUCACGCCGCUCGCACAACGUCUUGGUUCGAUCCUAGAAUACCACAACAUUUGCAGCGCACGCCGGCGGCGAACGCUGGAGCGGCGGGCGGCGGGUGGGCGAACGCAUCGGUGCAAGCUUGCCAACAGAAACUGCGUCUGCAGUCAUUACAGCUCGAGCGUGAACGGCUGAAACAACGCCAGCAGGAGAUACGGCUCCAGCAAGAACUAAUGGCGCGGCAGUCAUCCUCCAUAGUGUCUUCGCUCGCCAACAGCACUGGAGCGGCCACUACUGACCUAUCCCUGGAUCCUUUUCUACCCGGUCUGAACGACCACCAGCGUCAGGAAUCAGCGGACAGUGGGCUGGGCAUGGCAGUCUCGCAGUCGUACUCAAUGCCACAUACUCCUGAGGGCUUCCUGGGCAUGGACGACCGCAUGGACUGCACCAGCGAGGCCGGAGCCAAUCUUGAUACUGCGGACAUAACACUAGGCGAUACUGAUGACUUGUUGGGGGAAUUUACAAAUGAUAUAUUAUUAGACGACGUGCAGUCUUUGAUCAACUCGACACCAAACAAACCGGACAACGUGUUGACUUGGCUGUAGACAGUCUAUCGACUAAACGUACAAUGCUCACAAACUUAUUGCGUAAAGCGUACUUAGCUACCGACGAAUAGUAUUCAUGGCAAUUACCAAGCAAACCAUCAAAAGUGACAAUCAGUUCAUUGGGAAGCUGUGGUUUCGUGUGAUUAAUUCGUAAUACAUUAAUUGAAGGAAAUAUCUUUAAUUAAUCAGUGCACAAAAUAAAGUAUCGAUUAGGUAAUAUUAUUAUCGUUACGUUUUUAAAUUCAGUUUCUAGGCUUAUGAUACUCAUGUCUUACUAAUUAUUUUAAAAUUCGACUUAAUAUUUCAAACCACUUUCGUGAAAUUACAGACAAUCGCCUCAGCUGUAAAAUCUCUGCAUUUAUUGGAAAGAGAUGGAAACUUCUAAUAAUACCUAUUACUUAUUGUAUUCAAUUAAUGUAUUACAAAAUAUAAUGUAUUGUGUAUCAGAUACAAGUAAUUUCAGAUAUCAGAUAUGAUACCAUUUUAAAGACUCAUAAUAGGCCUUAUUAAUAAUAAAGAAUUGCGUUGCGUUUCAGAAAUGGAAAAAUUCAUAUCAGUCCAUUGUUAACAUUAUCUUGGAGUUGCAUGUUUGUUCUGAAUUAUAAGACUAAGAAUAUAGUAUUAAAGUAUUUUAGCCACUGCUAUAUUGGAUGGCUAGUCAUUUGUAAAUACUAAUUGAGGUACUCCUCUAUGCCAACAUAUAUCAAAAUGAAGCGGUCUUGCAUUACCUUCUUUCCCCGCUGAAAGGAGCCAUAUUGCAUUAUAUUAUAAUCUCGCAAGCUAGGUUUCCUUUAUUCUUCCCGAUCGAGACUAUCGGAAAUCCUAUCCUUCGAAUAGACUUAUGUGUAGUUGUGUCAAUUUUGACGAUUAUACAAUGUAAUAACUUUAUCGAUGAAACUUUGAUUGUGAUAACAUCUCGACGUAACAGUGCCUUAUUGUGCCUUUAUAAAAUGUAUUUAUUGUGUUAUUAUUAAGGUAAUAAUAAAGAUAUAUUUCUACAAAUGUUUACCGAACGAUCUACAUCGAUUCAUGUAUUGUUUGGACAGAAUAAAACUACUUAUGUACCGUAUGUGUUGUAGUAACGUUUUUUUGUCUACUUACACCGUCCUUGUGUAUUUUUCGAGAUUAUGAUUUAGAUUAGUUUAUCGUGACGUAGUUAAAUAUUUUGGCAACUAUUAAGUUAAUAAAUAAUGUUUAGUUCGCAGUGGACUACGUAUUCUUAUCUUUCGCGUGUGUGAGAGGGUGCCGCUAGGUUACUAUGUCGUAGAGAUGAGAGGGUCGUCCGCUGAACGUACCCGCAGUCGGCCGAGCACGUGCUUCUGCCUUGGUUAAAGCCGAAACAUUUGCAUACUUCUAUGAAAGUGCAGUAUCGAAGUAGGUCAAUUUUAUUUACGACUAUUCACUGGCUAUUUUUGUGGCUACGUAGUCGACUCACUUUAUUUAAAAAUAACUCAUUGGCUUAACAAAACUCUUCAAAAUUACGUUUAGCCCACCUAGUCUCUAGAGUUUGUAUGAAUUCAGUAAUAUUAAAAUUAGGUCUUUAUUUUAAAAAUGCUACAUUGAAAACUUUGCCAUAUUAGUAAAUGUACUUUAUUCUUGUAAGACUUAAAUGUAAUCUUCAUUUAUGAUAAAAUAGUGUUUAAAUAGCAACUGUGUAACUAUUAUAAUUAGUUGUAACGGUGCUGGGUUUAUUAUACAUUUUAUUUUGUACUCUGUAGAUGUCUUCGUUGUACUUUAUUUUGUAUUUGUUGUGUAUUAAUUUUUAUAUCUCGUAAGUAAUGAUGCUUCUCAUAUUGUUCGGUUCAUUAUUCUGUACUUUUGCUUCUUUCCUCGUACCUAGGUUUUUAGAUUGUAAUGAAGUGACUUCAGUGUCGUUGAAUGUUUAUAGCUAUGGCUGCGUUAUAACUUAUUUUUUAAGAGACAAAACAAUACACUACAGUGUGUAGCCAAUAGCGAAAACUUAGUAGGAAUGUAUGCGUAGGGGAGUAUUAAUCUCGUUUAAGUUAACAACUUUAUAAUUGUCACGUAUUUCUGUGAAUGUGCAUGUUGUGUAAUAUUAUAGCAGUGCGCACAAAACUUUUCUUUCAUAUCUUACUUAUGUGCUAACAUUAUUUUUUUUUGAAAAUAUGUAUUUCAUUUCAAUGCUGCAGUUUUCUUUAGUACAGCUACCACCAACCGAAUAAAAAGAUGUUUGCUUAAAGGUUAUUAGUCCUACUAGGUCGUCGCUACUUCGACAAAACUAAAAGAAACAUUCCAUGUUGCUUACCGUCUGUGCGUCGCCGGUGCCGCGUCAUAUAGCGUGCUUCUGGCUUUUAAAAGAAUAAUAUUCGGAACAAUAUUUCAAGUGAACUAUAUGAUUUAUUUCUAAGUAUAGUCUUUAAUUAUUUUACAAACAUAUCUUUUCAGUCUGACAACACAUGCAAGUUUUCUCUGUAGUGUAUAUAACAUUACGUAUAUCAGUGUUAUAACAAUGAAAUUAUAUCUAAUAUCAUUCGCUAACCACUUUCAAUAAUUUCAUUGUAUAUAAUUGGAAAUUCUGAUAUGAAUUAAAUAAAUAUUUGUUUAAAUAUA